AAAAAGGGAAAGCUUGCAGCAGAUUGUAAAAGGAUUUGAGUCUGCAGCUAGAGAGAAGGGGAUUAGGGCCACAGAAGUGCAAGUUAAAUUGUGCUGCAUAUAAAAAAUGGGCGGAUUGGUCUCCAGAUCGAGAGGCUGGUACCACCUUCCUUUCUAAAAUAAAAUCUCUCUGGCAUGAAGUCACCGCCUAUUUCACAUCCGGUUUGCCCUGGGACGUAUUACUACUGUCUUGGUAAAGAGAUAUCUUUUGUUGUAUAGCUGCAGAUUUGGGUAUUGGGAAGCAAAUUUGGGUGUGAAAUUUUCAGCAAACGAGCACGCAGAGUCCAUGAUGGCUCAGACCGAGUGAGUGCGAGGCGGUGCGAGGACGCCCCUCCGCUCGCUCGCAGCGCGCCCGGACUCGCACACUCGCGCCGGCUCCAGGCUCUCCACGAUUCUCUCUCGCAGACUUUUUCCCCGGUCUUGAGCGAUCCUGUGCCCAGAGGGGGCUCCAGCUGCACAAGCUCAUGAUGAAGAGAAGUCCGGGUCUCUCUGACUAUCUUUGGGCCUGGACCCUCCUUCUGAGCACAUUGACUGGAAGAAGCUCUGGACAGCCCUCAUUACAAGAUGAACUUAAAGACAAUACCACUGUCUUCACCAGAAUUUUGGACCGACUCCUCGAUGGUUAUGACAAUCGCCUGAGACCAGGAUUGGGAGAGCGUGUAACCGAAGUGAAGACUGACAUCUUCGUCACCAGUUUCGGACCCGUUUCAGACCAUGAUAUGGAAUAUACAAUAGAUGUAUUUUUCCGUCAAAGCUGGAAGGAUGAAAGGUUAAAAUUUAAAGGACCCAUGACAGUUCUUCGGUUGAAUAACCUAAUGGCAAGUAAAAUCUGGACUCCGGAUACCUUUUUUCACAAUGGAAAGAAGUCAGUGGCCCAUAACAUGACCAUGCCCAACAAACUCCUGCGGAUCACAGAGGAUGGCACAUUGUUGUACACCAUGAGGCUGACAGUGAGAGCUGAAUGUCCAAUGCACUUGGAAGACUUCCCUAUGGAUGCCCAUGCCUGCCCACUAAAAUUCGGAAGCUAUGCUUAUACAAGAGCAGAAGUUGUUUAUGAGUGGACCAGAGAGCCAGCACGCUCAGUAGUUGUAGCAGAAGAUGGGUCACGCCUCAACCAGUAUGAUCUUCUUGGACAAACGGUAGACUCUGGAAUUGUUCAGUCCAGUACAGGAGAAUAUGUUGUUAUGACCACUCACUUCCACUUGAAGAGAAAGAUUGGCUAUUUUGUUAUUCAAACAUACCUGCCAUGCAUAAUGACGGUUAUUCUCUCCCAAGUCUCCUUCUGGCUCAACAGAGAGUCUGUACCAGCGAGAACUGUCUUUGGAGUAACAACUGUGCUCACUAUGACAACGUUGAGUAUCAGUGCCAGAAAUUCUCUCCCUAAGGUGGCUUAUGCCACAGCAAUGGAUUGGUUUAUUGCAGUGUGCUAUGCCUUUGUAUUCUCAGCUCUGAUUGAGUUUGCCACAGUAAACUAUUUCACCAAGAGAGGUUAUGCUUGGGAUGGCAAAAGCGUGGUUCCAGAAAAGCCAAAGAAAGUGAAGGAUCCUCUCAUUAAGAAAAACAACACUUAUGCUCCAACUGCCACCAGCUACACCCCUAAUUUGGCCCGGGGUGACCCCGGCUUAGCCACCAUUGCUAAAAGUGCAACCAUAGAACCGAAAGAAGUCAAGCCUGAAACAAAACCACCAGAACCCAAGAAAACCUUUAACAGUGUCAGCAAAAUUGACCGGCUGUCAAGAAUAGCCUUCCCGCUGCUAUUUGGAAUCUUUAACUUAGUCUAUUGGGCUACAUAUUUAAACAGAGAGCCUCAGCUAAAAGCCCCUACUCCGCAUCAAUAGGUCCUUUUAGUCACAUUCUGUUGUUCAGUCCUCUGCACUGGGAAUUGCUUUCUGUUCACAAUGCAGCAAUUCCCAUCUGCUUUAUUGCCUCUGUCUUAAAGAAUUUGAAGGUUUCCUUAUUUACAUAAUUCAUACAAGAACAAGAGACCCCUGUCUGGCAGUCCAGAGCAGAGCAUAGUAUACCACUGAGAGACAGGAUUCUGAGAGAGGGAGCAGGAGAGCAAAAUCCCGUCAGAAGGAGACAUUAGAGAGAGAGGAAAGGAGAAGGAAGAAGGUUCAAAGAAAAGAGGAAAAGCAGAAGAAAAAUAAAACUUACUAUCAUCCCUAGGUCAUUUGUAGAUAUAUAUUUCCAAAUAUUCUUUAAAAAAAAGAUACUGUAUAUGUCAAAAUAUUUUUAUGCGAGGGUUUUAAAAGAAUAAAUUAUAAAUGUUUAAUGAAGAAAAAGAGAAAAAAAUCUAUGUAUUUCUUGCACAAAUUAUGGUGUGCUUUCAUUUUUUUCUUUAAAAUGAUGUAUAGCUUUAACAUUUUGUUUCCAAAGCUAAAAAAUAUCCAUUUUUUCCCUCUGUUUAAAAAUGCCUAACACCAUUAUUUUGUUCUUAAAUACCCCUUUAAAAUUCAUGGAAAUUCCAUAUGCAAAGGUGCAGUCCAUUCCUGUAGAGCACAUUUAAUCCAAUAUACAGAAAUGCUGUAAAUAGCCUUCUUCACUGUCAUCCGAGCUUUUACCAUUAGACUCGAUGAGGAAUUAUUUUAGCAGAGACAUACACUCAAUAGAAACUAUCUAAAUAAAUAAAGUAAAAUAAAUUUUAAAAAAUUAAAAGAUUCCCUUUUCCACCCUGUAUAUUUCUAGAUAGUACAUGGGUCCAAUAAUCACUUGAUUUUCAUUAUGAAAAUGUUUUCAGAGGGGCAAAAAUAUUUUGCAAGCUCUAGAAUUGCUGAAUGUAUUCUUUUAUAUAACAGGACAUUAAAAGCUUUAGAUUAAAAUUUAUGACUAGCAGACAAAAAUAGAAUCUAUAAUUUAUAUAUGUAAAUAUACAGCAUGAGAUUGAUCUUUUUUUAACUUUUUUUAAAGUUGUGUUAUUAAAAUAUUGUGUAGGACUCACCGCUCUUAGCUGUUAGAAUGUUGUUAAAUGCUAUGGAAAUAUGUUUAGAGCCUGCAUUUAAGAACAGAACAGAGCCCAUAGGUAUCAGAUGGAACUUAAAACACAUGCAUAAAGCCACUUAUGUAGAGAAAGCCUCUAAUUUCAAACUGGUGUCCAGUGUACAGUAGUAGAUCAGUUGCUAUCUGCUCAAGUCACACAGCAUUUCUCUAUUUUAGGCUAUUGUAAUAUAGAAAGAAAAUGGAAAAGCAUUAGUUGGAGCUAUAAAAUUGACUGAAUGUUACUGCUCUAUUUGCUGAUACCAACUGUUUCAAUUAGUAUUGUAACAUAUGUAGCAUUAAACAUAAAAAUACUGAAAGAAUGUACAGAAGAUAGCUUUGGAGUAAUAUUAUUACAUUUCAUUUAUACUGUAGCAAUAUAUUUGUAGGUAUACUAUGUAAGGGCUUUAAAUACAAGAGGUCCAUUGACGUUCACUAUGAAAAAUUCUAGUCUCUUUCAUUACUGCCCAGAUGUUUUAGAGAUAAAUAUUUAUGCAGAAAGUAUUUUUGAAGUCUCCUUUUGUCUGAUAGAAUUUCACAGAUAUUUAAAUUUAGCAUCAAGAAUCCACAGGUCAUGGUCUAAAUAUGUUUAGAAUAUUAUAACUUAAACCUUUUAGCGUAAUUACCAAAUAAGACAGUUGGGAUCCGUACCCACUUUUUGAGCAAUGUUUUUCUCAAAAAGCUGCUAUCCAAUGAUGGAGGGAAAUAUACUCUUUGUGUUUUCUGAACAAACUCUGGUUUUCUUUUUAAAUGUGCUUUGUUGUUUGAUUUGGUCCUGCCUAAGUUUGAUGAGAUAGGUCAAUAAAGGCUGAACCAAGGAUGUUUCAUCCUCUGGUACCAUGUGUAGAUAUUACGUAUAGAAAAUAAAAUAUGGUUCUAAUUUCUGUGUUGCUGUUUAUCUUGUUAUUUUUUGGCGUUAACUUAAUGUGUUUAUUGAAAGCUUUUUAUCUUCCAGACUCCUCAUGGCUAACUUUUGGUCUGUAUUUUGCACAUUAGAUGUGAAUAUUUCUUCUUAGUCUGCUUUCUGCUAUGCAAAGACUGCAUUUCUAUCAUCUCUUUGUUAGUAUAUGUGGAUAGUAUUCUAUUGUAUAAAUUGAUUGCACAGUUUAUCAAAGACCAAUUAUUCUAUGUAGCUUUUCUACAGUGCUUUGCUAAACCAUGUAAUACUAGUUAAGUCUUCCUUGAAAAUAAAGGUACUCUUAUAGAGGACAGUUCCUGUUUAUUCCCUGGAACAUUUUUUAAAGAUGACUCUGAAUGUUUAAUGCACCUUAGUGCAGUGAAGUGGCAAUAAAACCUAACAUGGAUCAAGGUUGUUUAUGGCAGAUGCAUGUAUUGCUUUACAGAGUUUAGCAAAAGCUCUUAACUUUAUGUCAUACUGUAUUCUAUUAUAAUAAUAAAGCUAACAUUAUUAAAUAACAAAGUGGAA